ACAGAAUGCUUAAUUCCUUCAUCUGAGAAGCUAAUAAGAGUUUCUAGUCUGCCCUGCCUGGGGACUAAUAAGAAUAGUUAACUAAUUUUCUGCAAAAUAAUGUGAGUAGUUAACCCUUCUGCUGCCAGAGAGUCAUGCAGUGUCAUGAACCUGUUUGCAGCCCGUGAGACAGCCGCAGAGCUCUGCCUCCUAUGGUUGUGACUGCUGCUGUCUCUCCUCCCCUCAGACACACGCCUCCCAUUCAUUGUCAGCUCUCUGUAGGUAACUGUCUUUUUAAGAGGCUGGAGAGGGGGGAGGGGGAACUGUCUGUGAGCUGAGCCCAGCCCAGAGAGACAGCUGGGGAGAAAGAGACAGCUGGGGGAGCCGGAGAGAGAGAGGAGACAUCCAAGGGAAGAUAGAAGCUAGACCUAGAGAGGAAGAGAGAGAUGGGCAGAAAGAGACAUUCAGGAAAAAAGAGAAAUUCCUAGAUAUAGAGAUGCAAGCUCCUUGAUACAAAAAGGAAACAGGGACCUCUAGGAAUACAGGGAGGGAGAAAAAUAGAUCCAAGGAUAAAACACGAGACAUUCGUUGGAUGAAAGAGUUGAGAGGGACACUGAUUAAAAAGAGUGGUAGGUAGACAUCUCUGUUCUCUGUGACCGCAUCCUGCUGAGAAAGACAGACUGGGCUUGGAAACCUCCCAAAUUCUGACUGUCAGUCAUCUUGGGAUAGAGUGCAGAGGAAUGCUAUUAGAGUGCUGGGGUCUAGGUUAGAUUUCCAGUGUGGGAUCCGGCAGGAGAUUGCGCAGGGGCUGUCGGAUUGAGAGAGCAUGAUGGUGGUUUGAGGGGGUCUUCCACACCCCCCAGUGGGUUGGAACAGUCUCUGCUGGCCUGAAGAUGUCUCGUGUUUCCGCUGGCAACGAACGGAUAAAUGAUACGGUGAGUGGUCUUGCCCUGGGUAAUUUGUCACUUCUUGGUGAAAUGGUGAUUUUCAUUUGUACCAUAUUUAAGUUCUAUCUUAUUUGGUUUGUGAAUGGGUGUUCUGCCAACGUUGACUUUGGCCAUGGACCAUCUCAUGUGCGUUGGUCGGUCAGUGGGUGUUUGAGUCUUUGCCCACCUUGUGAACGAGAGGCGCCUUGGCCACCUUGUGAAUGAGAGGUUCAUAUUUAAAGGAGUGUUUGUCAUGGCUGCCAUUGGUGACAGGUUGGGUUUGCACCACGUUGGUGAUGGUUCGUAGGAUGUGUGCCCACCAUGAAGAGUAAUGCCAUCUCCAUUGGUUUUUUUUGGGGAAGGUAUAUGUUGUUGUUGCUUCCUGUUCUUUGUGAAUUACUACGCAUAUCGACACAGACGCUUUGUGGUUUUACCAUUUAUAGAUGAAAUGAGUAAUAGGUGCCAGUGUGUCAUAAUUGCCACGGCAAUCAUACGGUAGUCAAAUGCUCUAAUCGACAAAACAUACUCCUGUAGGUAAUUUCUUUGGUAGAGUAUGGUUAUAAUUUACGCUUUUGUUUAUUAUAGAAUAUGCUAUUUAGGCAACAAUUUAUUUCCUAAUACAAGCAGUUUUUUUUAUUUGCUUUCUGCCAUUUAAAAUAAUGCAAUUUGUUUUUUUUAAUUUAAAAGGUUUCAUAAAUUAGACUAUUAAUCUGUAUAACGUCAUCCAAGAAAGCAUUAAAAUUAAAUUUCAUACAUGGUGGCAAUGUAUCAUCUACCGUGAUGGGAUCAUAAUCAAAGAAUUCACAACAAAUACUUCAAAUAGGUAGUGAGUUCGCAUUGGCUAGUAAGUUGUCCAGUUCCAUUUACUAAAGUGCAGUUUAAGACACAUUGAGAUUAGAGGAGGAUAAGACUGUGUAGGAUUCCUGCAAAGACAAAACUCUAUGAAUGAAAUAUUGGCGUUGGCGUUUAUGUAUAGUGUAUCAAAAAAGAAACGUUCAAUUUGUGCCUUGUGGUUUAUAUUUUCAUGUAAUAAAGAGCGAUAAUUACAUUAUUUCUGUCCGCCAUGUUCAGUCUGGUUCUACCCGCUCUGAGAAAAGCUCUGCCACCUCCUCAUGGCCUCCUCGCCCUCCAGGAGCUCGGUCAAGAAGUUCCGCCCCUGAGGAGCCACAUGUUGGAAAUUACAGACUCCUUAGGACUAUUGGAAAAGGAAACUUUGCUAAAGUCAAAUUGGGAAGACAUGUUCUCACUGGAAGAGAGGUAAGAAUAUGUUGAAUGUAAAGGAUGGUCAACUAUAAUUUGAAAUUAUGUAAAAUAAACCAAAUGAGGGAGGGAAAUUGGCAGGUACUGAGAAAAAUGGGAUAUUUUAUGUAUGAUGAUAAUAAGUAGAAUGUGUAAGGAGAAUUGGCGCCAAAUCUGUUUUAUGUGAUAUUUCUACAGUAUCACUUGGUGUUGUUUGGGUUGGUGGGGUGGGGGGACAACAGGGUGUUAUGUACCCGAUAACUUCUAAAUCCUAAGUGUUUUAUCCAAAUCUGCAAAAUACUAUAUAAAUGUCACUUUUCUACAUCUUUAGGUCGCUAUAAAAAUCAUUGACAAAACCCAGCUAAAUCCAAGUAGCCUUCAAAAGGUGAGUACAAUAAUCUGCAUGUAUAUUCUAAUGGUUAUAUGUUCUACUCCUUUAUAAAUAUUUUUUAUUUAUAUAUUGGCUGGAUCCAUGUGUCCACAGCAAGUUGUAUAAGUUUAUUGGGGCCCACACUUGCAUGGUACAAUAUUUUGUGAGACGAUGUGAACUGGCACAAAACCUUGCUAUUUAUUGGCGCUGUUCCUUAAAUUCCUUUUCAUGAAUUGGUUUAAAAUGAGUCUGUACUGCUUAACAUUACAUUAAACUACCAAACCCAUAGUAAAUUUGGCUGUAAUUACCACUUGAAGAUCUGUCAGUGUUUCAGUAUGGAGGAGGCCAUUUUGGCAUUGCAUCACAUUUUUCAAACCUUUAGUGACAAAUGUUGAGUAAAAAAAACAAGGUUGUAGAAAGCAUGAGAUAUCAGCUGCCAGUAAUCUGGGAUUUGCAAUUGGAACCCUCAGAUUUCUGUGCAUAUUUAAAUUUCUUAGAGAACUUUUCAAUCAGUUUAGUUCUCUUUGCAAUAUGUUGAAAUCAUUUAUACUAUUUUAUCUUAUAAACACUUUUUAGAGAGUCACUCAAGGGUAUGCAGCUAUGCAAAGAUUCUUUGAUUUAUUGACGGUCUUUAUUUAUCUAGAUUCUAGAGCUUUUGAUUUGGUGUCAUGGUUGAAAUAGGAUUUCUGUGCAAGAAAUCAGGCAUCUAGAACAAUUCUUCUGGAUUUUGGUGGCAUGGUACAUUGGCUGUAGUCCAGGAGAGAUUUACUGGAUGGGCACUUUUAAGAUUCUAUUUUUUAAUUGACGUGCCGUUUCGGGAUCUCGUUAUUUCACAUACAGUUAAUUGAUUCCAUUUCCUGUUUUGGACACUAAGCCUUCAUUGAUCAAUUACAAGUUAAUGAAAGAUAUGUUCAAAAUCUUUCAGGACCAGGCCUAGCCUGUCAUUUAUAAAGUGUUGUGCGAAUAAGGAGAUAGCACAUUUCACUGUAAUCUCCAUUCACUCAAUGACUUUCAAGAACUGCUCUUGCAGUAUACAUUAAGGGGUUUAUUUUCAAAAGUGAGAAUUGUGUUAUUCACAAUGGAAUUGCAAAUUUGUGCCCAAAAUAACACAGCCAAACAAAUUGUCAGUUUUUUACAAUCUCCAGUUUAGUGAAUAGACCAUUUUAGUAUUUAAUGUCUAAUUUUAAGACCAUUAUUCACAUUUCAGUACUGCUGGGGCAAAUAAACAAAACAAAAACUAAAUAUAAAAAUGACUCCAGGGAAUUGCUUUAUACUUCAGAUUUUUACUUUACUUUAAAAUUAAAACGGUUUCCUAAAUUUAGCCUGUCCUGCAGGUUUCUGGAACUAAAAAAAAGAAAACUACCUGCUUCUUCCGUCUUCUGUACAACAGGAAAUAGACAGGAUAUUGUGUCAUAUAGAUGUAUAGUUUUCUGAGGCACAAUGAGGCCUGCUUCAGCAAACAAUGUAUAAAACCUUUGUUCUGAAUAUUUUUAAAUAUGCUGUGCAAUGUCAAUAAUUCUGCAUUUGUUUUGAACAUAUCAAUACAUCAUUCUUAAACCUUUGCGAUCCCAUGUCGGAAUAUAUCCGACAAAAUAUAUUACCUCUUGCGGUCCAAUGUCGGAUUUUCCGUGGAGAGUACUGCCGACGUGCACAUUCGUGGCACCCGGCAUGGGGGAUCGGUGGUACUCUCCAGGGAAAAUCUGACAUUGGACCACAAGAGGUAAAAUAUUUUGUCGGAUAUAUUCCAACAUAGGAUCGCAAAGGGUUAAAUGACAUUUUGUAGUUGACAAAAUCCAGGAACCUCAAAAUUAACCCGCUAUCCACAAAAAUAUAGUUCACAUUCAGGUAGGGAUAUCUAUCCUUACAUUGGUUCGGUAUACCAAUCUAUACAUUGUCCUGAAGAAAUUGCCAACACAUGUAUACAUUACGUUUAUCUGAGUAUGUCUUCCUGGUCACCCAAAAUGGCAUACCAUAAUAGAUGGAGCACAGCCACCCCAAAUGACGUCCUAUAAUUCAUACACCCUGGCAUUUGUGGGAAUGCCAUCACGUUUUCUUGGAUCUGCUUCAAGCCUCCAAAUGAGUCAUUUUCACUGCUAUGCCAAUAUCAUAGCAGUAAAUCCAAAGAAGGUCAAAUCAAUAGAUAGUUUAAAAAAAUGUCAUAUGUAUACACAUUUGCCAGUUGUUUGGGUAGUGACAGGUACACUUUAAUGUUAGCAAAACAUCAUAGGAAGUUGCAUACCUCCCAAGUAUCCAUAUUAAGGAGGGACAUUCUAUACUUUUGGCCCAAACCCAUCUGUUCCUCUUUUCUACCCUAAUGUCACUCUUUUGUAAGAGUUCAGUAUUUUUUUGAGUGUAUAACAGAGCUCCACAGCAAUAAUACUUACAGUAACGUUUCUUUAAACUACAACAAACGUGUUAAGAGACUACUGUGUAAAUACAAUACAUUGCUCUUGAUUUUAGUUGCAUUUAUUGUUAUUAGUAAACCUUUUCUGAGAACAGCUCUGCCCCGGCCACUACCACACUUACAUCCCUAAAUUUAGAGUGUUCCUCUUUGUGCGUUUGAAAUGUUGGAAGGUAUGAAGUUGUGGUUCACAGCCAGCUAGGGGCAUACCAUUUUCCCACCUUGAAGUAAAGGUUGGUAAUUAUCUUAAUUAGGUAUAGGGGUAGAGCUACCUGAUUGGUACAGAUUGUGAAGGUUAUAGCACGUGUAGGGACAUUUUCAUACCAGGAAACAGAGAUAUCUGCUGGCAUAGCUCUGCAUUGCACUACUUCUUAUGGCUGUUCAGGCCCUAUGGACACAGCAAAUGGUUUUAUGUCUGACACCAGGUGUAUCUGCCAUGAAACAUUAUAUUACAUUCAUCUGCCUGAUAGUAAAUGAAGAUUCAGCACUGUAUUAGGUAUCAUGGAAGUCUCAAAUGUCUCUUUGUCCAGUAUUUACAAAAAUAAGGAUUUGUUUUUAUUCCUAGUGAAAAAAAAUGUUGCAGUAAUAAUCAUUCAAAGGUACUUGACAAAUGUUACCCAGAGUCUCCUAGUUUAGAUAAUAAUUACGGAAAGUAUGAAUGAGACCGCUUUUGAUUCUGAGCAAGGAGGAGUGGCGUGUAGCGCCAACCACUACACUAUUGGCUGUGCCCCCCAAAAAUAGCAAAUUAUGCCUUAUAUGGUUGAUGGGAAGCUUUUUUUUCACAGCCAUUUGCCUCCAUUUUCAGGUAGGUUGCCAGUUUCUGUUGUCAGAGCUGCACCCUUUUGAAUAGGACUGCCACAUUUGCCCCUGAUAACCCUUAGAUUGGUAAACCUGAUAAUUUGGUUCAGAUCAGGUGUAUCUAUGCUACAGAAUUGAAGAGCGUUUUUCUUUGUGGUUAGCUUGACGCUGAUCUAAAGCUGUAUCAUAAUUUAAUAUAUAAUAAUUAUAUAUAUUUAGACUUUUCUAUGAUGUAACAUUAAUUCAGUGUGAGCUAUUUGUGGACAUUUUAUGCUAUGUAAUUGUGUCUGUAAUUCCACAUCUGAAGAUAUUGUUGAGUUUUGGGUAUACCUGUUCUUCCUGCUGCGCUGUGGUCCUCCAUUAAGCCUUGAAGAGGAUCAUUUUAAUGUUUUCUGUUCGAAAAAGUGGUCUAUAGUACUAAAAGUGGGGAAAUCACCGUGGACACCAGUGGAACCAAUUUUCCAUUGGUGACUCAUCCCCUUUAACAUUUUCCAUCACUUUUUAGAAUUGAAGACUUUGAUAAAUAACCAUCUGUCUGCUUCUCUAAACAUCUAGAUAACCAAUCGGACUGCAAAUGACAUAGAUAUGUAAUCUGGCUAUGGUUUUUUUUCUGAAGUCUUGGUGAGUUUAUUGGAUAGUGGUUAAACAAAUCUUUAGGUUCAGUUGUCAGUGUUCUGAUGGACUUCUGGAAAUGGGUGACUAUAAAGAAAUCCUUAUAAUUGCCAAUAUGGAUACCGCACUCUCCUGAAUCCCAGGGUGCAACCGGGGCCUGAGGUUGGCCAAUCCUCACAAUGUGAUUUGCAAAAAAGUAAUGCUGGUCCAGGCACUCAAGUUCAAUCCAGUGGGCAGAUUUAUUGAAGCAAAAUAGAAACAACGUUUCGGCCCACAACAGGCCCCUUGUUGUGGGCCGAAACAUUGUUUCUAUUUUGCUCCAAUAAAUCUGCUCACUGGAUUGAACUUGAGUGCCUGGAUCAGCAUUACUUUUUAUAAAGAAAUCCUUGUCAGUUACUAAGGACAGUGCUUGGGAAUGUAUAUAUUUGUGUAUCUAUGCUACCAUGUGCCGUGCCUUAUUGUAAUGUAUAUAAUGCUAGAAGUAUGUGGUUUAUAAAGUGAAAGCAGUGCCUAUACCGAAAUGUUUCUGCUUUGAAAUCUACAUAAUACUAGUAUUCUAAAAUGGUGCCUAAUGUGGGAUUUUUGACACGUGCCAGUAGAUGUAUAAACAGUCAUGAUUGAGUGAACAGUUUUCUUAGGUAGGGCUGCAAAAAUCUUGUGUUCGAUGUAGACUUUAAAGGUACACUAUAGUCACCAGAACUACUACAGCUUAUUGAAUUUGUUCUGGUGAGUAGACUCAUUACCUUCGGUCUUUUGCUGUAAACACUGUCUUUUCAGAGAAAAUGCAGUGUUUACAUUACAGCCUAGUGAUAACUUCACUGGCCACUCCUCAUAUGGAUGUUAGAGAUCCUUCCUGGGUCAUGGCUGCCUAAAAUGCAUCCAAACAUUCAGUGUCUCCUCCCUCUGCAUGCAGACACUGAACUUUCCUCAUAGCGAUACAUUGAUUCAAUUCAUCUCUAUGAGGAGAUGCUGAUUGGCCAGGGCUGUGUUUGAAUCAUGCUUUCUCUGCCCCUGAUCUGCCUCCUUGUCAGUCUCAGCAAAUCCUAUAGAGAAGCACUGUGAUUGGAUCAGGCUAACACUUCUGAUGAUGUCAGCUGACUGCUUGUUUUUCUGAGGCAAACAGCAUACAGAGCUACAGCUUCAGGCUUGAAUACAGUAAGAUUUUGCUAUAUUUAUGGAGGCAUGAGGGGCCCAGGGGGGCUAGAUGGUGGUUUUAACACUAUAGGGUCAGGAAUACAUGUUUGUGUUCCUGACCCUAUAGGGAUCCUUUAAGGUGUGUUUGUAAUGCCAAGAGUAUUGACUGUUCCUUUAAUAAAUGGUGCAGUUGUGUUGAAAGAAAAGAUAAUCAUAAUAUAAUGCAAGUUCUCUGAUGGAAAUGCCCAUUAUAUCACGGAUGGUCUCUGUAUUUAUAUGGUGUUACGUGUACUAAUAUUUCCAUACAGUUCAUGUACUUAAAGGAGAAAAAAAAUAUCAGGUGCGGGAUUUAGUGGGCAGUCAGGAGAAUUAAUUAUUGGUAAGGGUUUGUUAUUGCCAAGAAUCCCAUGAUCUGUACUUCUAUUAUAUGUGCAAUCACUAGGCAACAGCAUGUUGUGUUUUUUAUCUGAUAGAUAUCACUCCUUCCUGAUCCUAGUAUCCAAAAUAAUUAACAAACCAGAAAGGGUAUAUUUAGAUUGGAUUCAUUUAUUUGGCGGGCAGAAAUCACAAGCCCAUCUUUGGAGACCCCUGAUCCAGAGUUAUGCCAUGUGAUAUGUUUUAUGGACACAUUUAUGUAGAACAGGGGUAGGCAACCCUGGGCACUCCAGGUGUCCUGGACCACAUUUCCUUUUAUGCUUUGCCAGCAAUAUGGUUGUAAGAGCAUUAUGGGAGAAGUAGUCCACAACAUCUGGAGUGCUAGAGGUAGCCCACAUCUGAUGUAGAAAAUUGUGUUCUAGCCAUAAAAAUGAACCAAUGAACAUACCUGUGGAUUUUCAAAAGAAACUCUGAUUCUGUUGGUAUAAGCCCAGGUGUUACAUUUUGAUGUGGUCUGAAAGGCUUACUACUUAUGUUCAUCUGGAUAUUUUGCUUUGCGAUUUUUGCAGAGUAACAUGUUGACUGUCAGGCUUCACUGUUACGGGAAGAAGCACACAGUGUUAAUAAUAAGAUUUGUCAUGAAAUCUGAAAUUAGAGUUGCAGACUGUACCCAUGAAACUUCCCAAAUAUGACAUUUUGCAACAAGGACAAUAAUAUUUCAUAAACAGAAUAUAAGCUGUAAGAUGAGCUACAAAUCACAAAGUAAAAAUUCCAGUGUAACUCCCUUGGACCUUGCAGGACAUGGUGCUGUGCUAUGAUCUUCUGAAAUGAUUUUGGAAAGGGACAGAAAGAGCAAGCGAGGCGGAUAUAGGUGAAAAUUGUGCUUGGUUAUUCCUUUUUUUUAAAAAUAACUAAAUGUUAGUGCAGUACCCAGGCGAUCCAUGGUAAAUUAAUUAGCCUAGUGAGGGGAGGGGUAAGCAUUAGAUGCCCGGGGUAGUGACAUGACAGGCUGGAACAGAAAGAUCAAUAAAAAGCACCAGGCCUUGUCGUGUUUUGAGUUCAGAGAAGGUACAUGUAGUGAAGGCUUGUGCUAUAUUUUCUAGAAUGAUGUUAUCUAUUUUGCAGAACCAUGCUACAGUGCUUUUUAUCUUUUUACAUUACAAGAUGUAUCUGGCAUAAGGAAUUCAGAUUCACUGGACUGCAGUGAGCAUCAAGAGUAAGCUCUUGAGUAUAACAGCAGAACUAAGCUCUGAUAUGUAGAACCAAUAUUAUACUUCACAUCUAGACUAGAGAUGUGCACAAGUUGGCCCGAGGUCCAAGGUUAAAUUUGGUUAUCUGAUGAUCACCAGGUCUGUCCAUUCUGCAGUGCUACACAUGGGCAUCCCUGAUGGCUGGUUAGGAGGACUGACUGACAACCCAUCAUGACCAUUCCUAUUCCCAGUGGCACUCAUUUUGUCAAUGGUGUACUCCAACUUGACCGUGCCUACUCUUCUGAGAUAUGCAGUGAAGAGCGUAGAAGGGCCCAUCAGAACUGUUCUUUUAAUCUAUAUUUUCGUAUCUUCCAAUAUCGAGAGGUCUGUAAGUGGGACAAGGUGAAGGCAGUAUGGGUUGUGUUAGUGGUGCCAUUCAUGUCACCGAUCACCUGGCAGACCUCAUGAAAAGAAGGCCUGUCAGCUUGGUGUGCUUGUAUGCCAACCAACAGUUAUGCAUGUCAGGCCACUCAAGGUAGACCAUGAGCACAUAUCUUCUAAAGCACUUUUUUUAUAGAUAGAAAUUUGGUCCUGAAUUUGCGGGGUGCCCAAGGACAAACCCGAGAUGUUCAGUGAGAAACUGCCCCACUGAGUCCGGGCAGUUGGGUCUGUGUUUAAAUGUGAAAUAUUGAAUACAGAGAGCACAGUUUAGUAGAGAACCUUAGUACGGUGUUCAUAUAUAUAUUAAACCAGUAACAUUUUAAUCACAUGAAUAUAUGCUCAUCCGUGAUACCUUUGUUUAUGAUACAACUUUCACAAGCAUGUAGACAAGUGAUCUGUGCCUUGGUUUUUACAAAGCUCCUCUCUCCCGUUGCUUAACCCUUGUUAACUUGCCCUUUUUGGGCACCAUGUUUGCCAAUUCCCUACAAGUCAGGAAACCACGGUGUGACCACUUAUUAAAACAGACAACAUAAUAUCACAUGAAUAUAUGCUCAUCCGUGAUACCUUUGUUUAUGAUACAACUUUCACAAGCAUGUAGACAAGUGAUCUGUGCCUUGGUUUUUACAAAGCUCCUCUCUCCCGUUGCUUAACCCUUGUUAACUUGCCCUUUUUGGGCACCAUGUUUGCCAAUUCCCUACAAGUCAGGAAACCAAUUUCUACAGGUGACCACUUAGACGACAACUAUACUAUUGGUUAUGUCAGCAGUCUAGUGAUGUAUUAAAAUAAAUAAAAAUAAAUAAAAUUCUGGAAAACUCACCUGCAAGUGGGGAACUGUAGGAAUUUUCUGCCCAUUUGAUAUAAUGACAUAAUUUGAUAUAUUUAAUUUGUGUUGAAAUGUAAGGUUAUAUGUCAGUUCUAAUGAACUGGGUGUGUCAGACCACAGAUGGCAAGCUUAUAAAUAAUUAAUGUGUUUUUUGUUUUAAUAUUCAAGGCUGCUUGUAAUGCAUUCAUUAAAUAAAUGCUCCAGGCUGCAGUAUACCCCUAUCACUGCUACUUUUUAUUGCAUUAUGUAUUUAAUGCACAAAAAAAAGAAAAAAGGCAAAAUUAGAUCUCCCAACAACUGAACAUUCCAAAUUUGGAACUUGUGUUUCAGGUUUGUUCCUUGUUGUCCUGCUGCAGAGUUUACAUGUCCUCCGUUAGAACAGUGAAUGCCCACCACUAAAUUUACUCAUGCUGUUUACAGAUACCUGGGUUAAUUAGCCCAUACAAGUAUUUUAAUAGCGCUUUGCCCCUGGGUAUUCCUAAGUUUAACCUGGCAUGUAUGCAUGCCCAUCAACUUGCUCGCUUGUUUGGGUGGGACUGGAACUUUUCCAGGAUGCUAUGCCCAUAGCGGCCUGGGGGGAUGCAGGGGGCAUCUUUAACUUACUGUGCUAUUACUACAGGGCUACAGCAGUGUCCCAGCUCUGUGAAUUCACUUUCAUGGCGUAUUUGCAAAACUGGUGAUGCUGUGGGCUGCAACUCCCAUUAAAUUCUGACUGGGACUGAAUGGAGUUAUUCAGUAGCCUUACUGAUACUCAGAAAAUCUAAAUGUUUGCCAUUAUGAACACCUCUGUAACGACACUGAAUUCUUUAAUUCGACUUCUACAGUGUUGCUCAACAUUUUGUAACUCGCCAUUUUAACAGCGAGUUUUUUUAAAUUUAUUUUUUUAUAGAAAUCAAUCUAUGUAUAUUUUAUUUAUAUAGAACUAAUAGGUGUGCUUGUCACUAUACAGAUUACAUUACAGUACAGUAUUGUGUAUAUUUUAUUUAGACAGCACUAAUAGGCGUACUUUGUAAGUUAGGUUUGUAUUACAACAGAGGGAGCUUCAGUAAGUUAUAGAGUGGGAUGGGCAGAGUCAGAAGUGCACACAGUUGUCUAGACACCAAUGCAUGCACGUAUUUAUAAAGGAACACUCCACAUACCUAAAGCAUUCCGCUUGCUGUAGUGUUUUAUGUGUGAUGAGUAUGCCCUCUGGAUUUUCAUUUUACAAAAAGUUUAGAUUUUAAUUUAGAUUGAUAGUUUUAUAUUGUUACCUUUUUAAUUACCCUGGCUGUCAAUCAGACAACCGGUCAUGUAACUCUCUGGUAGUUUAGCUCAGUGAAGCUAAACUCAAGACAAGAGGCAGGCAAUACUGCGUAUUACAUGCAAUGCAUGUUUUUAUUUUGUUUUUAAAUUUGUGCAGUGGAGUGUCCAUUUAAUUUUCUCUGGCAUGUACACAAAGAACACCAAUGAAAUAAUUCAUGGAGUUGGGACCUACAUUGGGACUAUACACUAUACACUUGGGAAGUAUAGUAAUGGCUCUUUGUUCUUUAGUCUAGUCUAGCAUUCCUAUUGCCAAGUCUACAUAUGUAUGUUUAUAGUAGUUUGCAUUCUUUUCAUUCAAAUUAAAUAAGAAACAGAUCAUUGUGGUGAAUUGAAAACCAAACGGUAAAAUGUAGCUCCGAGUAGAUCAUUUGUGAUUGUAGCUGAAUUGGGGAAUUCUUUGGGCCUACGUUUCCGACUCUUACAUAGAUGGACAGUUGUCUUUUUACAUUGAAGAAAAAUCCCUGAUUGCUGCUAAGUACCAGUUGUCCCCACUAUGAAACCUCGGACUGAUUUUAUUUAUUUGCUUUUUGUGAUAGCCUUAGGCACGUCCCAAUCAUUCCUGAAUUUUUAAAAUCAAUGGAAGGCAAUUUUGAAUUUUUGCUAUCCUUUCCAGGAAGUAAUAUUUUCUCACAUUACCUCUUGGUUGUAUACUCUCUAAAUUCCAUCUAUUUUUAUUGAAAAUACUCCCAUAGUCAGCUUUAUUUUAUCCCUUAAUACCUUUUCUCUAGUACCUACAGAAAUAAAAACAAAUGCCUUUUUGAUCUCUUCACUGAUUGGUAAAUAUCAGUGGUUUCACUAGUAAGACAAUGCACAUUUGAAUGGACACAGUAGUUCGAUAAUUGAUACUGUAUUUGUUCUAAAUUCUAAUAGUGGAGCUAUGGGAUUUGAAGGGACAUACCAAUGGUUUGUAUUGAGUUUAAUCCACCUUUUGGAACUUUACCUUUCCUUCCUUCUUGUGACACUUACAUAGAAACAUAGAAUGUGACGGCAGAUAAGAACCAUUCGGCCCAUCUAGUCUGCCCAAUUUUCUAAAUACUUUCAUUAGUCCCUAGUCUUAUCUUAUAGUUAGGAUAGCCUUAUGCCUAUCCCACGCAUGCUUACGUUUUCCAGUGCAUGUGUAUGAAGUUGGACUCGCUGACUGACUAGAUGUCCUAGGGCACAGUAUUCUAAAUGAAGGCUCACAUAUUGACAUAUGUAUUUAUAAUGCUGCUAAUCAGAACAGUGUUUUGUAGUGUAUUUGAUAGUGUAUUGGUUUGAGAGAGGUGUGAAAUCCUGUGGUUUUUAGAUGACAAACUGUCAACAAGUAUAGCACCCUGAUCAUUGUAAUCUUAUUUAUUCUAAAAUGAACAUUUACCAUGCUUGCAUCUCCACAAGAGUGCAGACAUUCAAGAUGUCCUUAUCUGAGCUCCUCCCCAUCCUCUCAUUAGCACAGUACAAGUGAGGAUCCCUUAAUGCAGACCUGGAAAUAUCACAUAAUCUAGUAAUUGCAUCUGCAGAUUUUACUGGUGGAGCCAGGGUUCAUACUGCCCAAUGGAACUCCUAUCAACGUACGCUCCCCAAAGUUACGUUUUGUCAACCGGUAAUUUGUGUGUGUGAAUGCCAAGAAAGCAAUCAAAAUUGUGUUUCCUUUAUUGUAACCAUGAUGUUCUCUCAACUUUUGAUCUCUAUCACCAGGUAUCUUUUGGGGGUGGGGGGGAGAUCCAAUUAUUUAUUUAUUUUUUGGAGUAAUUUUGGAUAUAUGUUUUUUUAGUAACUGGAAAGGAAUAAAUUGAUUUUGAGUACCACAUAAUUUUUUAUUCCAAAAUCAGAUUAGCUGCUAAAAGCAUUUCCUCAAACCUUUAUUCUGACGACAUUGACAUUCCAAAAAUCCCUACCAGCCAUUUUGUUCAUUACUAGCAUUGAUCCAUCCUCAAAGAACCGAUCAUAUGAGGACAGAGAGUAACCACAAUAAAUAAGCAGCGAAUUAAAUAUGUUUAAGGAUAGUCAUCUAGUGCUUUUCAGAAUUAAAUGUAGUUUGAAUGAUUAUACAAACAGUGGCAUUUAAGCUAAAAACAGAAUACCUUUAGCAUUAGUUUCUUCUGUUACCAUGGAUUCUUGGCAGGAAUUGGCAGCAAGUCUUACAGAGUGACUGCUCCAGGAAAAGAAUCAUAUUGUUAUAAUUAUGCUGCUAUCCGUCUUUUAUACGUAGUUUUCUUUGUGAUCCCCCAUGAAUCUAAGGAAUAGCUCCUCCCACGAUCAAUAGCAUUUUUUCUCCUUAAUGUUCCUCAUCAGUGUCAUUAAUGGAUGAGCUAUUUGUGUUUCUACCAGCUGUGCUCGUAGGUCAAUUAAAGGAGCACAGAGUAAGGUUGGAAUUCUUCAUUAGAAUAUUGUAAUCCUAACCCAUCCCGUACAUUCUGUUCAUGGCAGCUUGUUUAUAAAGAGAUAUGCUAGUAAAAGCAGAAUGGAUACAGUUUGGGGUAGGCCACGUUCCUUGUUACUGUCAAUACACUAAAUUAAGUAAUCUUUUUAUAGCCUGCAUCAGCCAGCACGAUUUCACAUUAGCUCGAAACACAUUAGAAUGAUAAGGUUUUAGAUCAUCAGAUCAGGUGUGUUAGGUAGCGGCAGAAAUCUAGAAAAGGGCAUAUUUUAGAACAGAGAAUAAAAGAUUUUAGAAUAAAUGUUGAAUCUGGUCUCCGAGAUGUCCCAAAGAUUUUUUUGAGUUUUUUUAUAAGUCAUUUGUAACAUAAAGUAGACCGUUUCAAGAAACAUCAGGAAAAAUACGUAAUCGUCCCGAUAUAUAUUAAUUGGCAUAAUAUGAACAUGGAAUGAGUGUCACAAGAUUAAAGGUAGCAAAGCCAAAAUCCAAUAAUACUGGGCUGUAGAUCUCGUCACAAAGAGUCAUAGAACAUCACUUGGGCUCUCGAUAUGGCAUUGAGCUAAAUCAAUGUAUUUCAAGAUAUUUCUGUAUAUUUUUAGUUUUUCAUGUUAAGCAUAAAUGAUGUCCCAGAGUUUGAGCAUUGAUGAAAUCUGAAUGAAUGUUAGCACAUUGCUGAAGCCAUAUUAGCCAGAGAAAAAUGAGGUAGGGGACAGGGAGAUCCUUGCAUCAAGGAGCCUACGACAUUUGUGGACUCAGUGUCCCUUUUAAAACAUGUUAUAUGUGAGAUGACCGGACUUGAGAAAGCAUUCCCUGGAGGUACCAGGUCUCUGCCUGGGCUAUGAAUGCUAUAACACUAGCCACAAUGGAUGCAAAAGGCAUUAAAAUAGCAGCUCCUGCUGAGAAUCACCCCCGCUUUAUUUUAUAUUUUGUGGCAGAUGUAUGGGAUGUGUGUGAGUAUGUUUUUGUUGUUUUGUGAGAAUGAGGAAAAUAUCUUUUAAUUUGUUUUUCCUUUUUGCAUUUUAUCAAGCAAACCCUUCUUAAAUUCUAUUUCUGGCUUUCAAUUGAUUUUAGCUUUUUAUUUUGGGAAUAUGAAGGCAUCAUUUUUGGCAAUGCUUAUCCUACUUGUCAUUUUCAGUGUUUCCCUUAUGACUUCUUAGUAGGGAGACUACUAACUAAACGCAAACCCUAUUUUUUUACAUGCAUUAUAUUGCUAAAUUUAUGUAGAAAAAUAAAAAAAGGUUCCUAGGUUGUUCAGUGUUCUCUGGUCAGACCAGGAAGUAGACCAGUCAUUUGGAGGCUCUCAAUCUUCUUAGUGAAACUGACCUUAUCCCUAAAACCCAACCCAGUAGAAUGAAUAGAACGGCUGCUUUAUCUGAUAGUAACAGCACCGAGGUUGCUAUCGGCUUUACUUCUGGCUCCAUUUAUAGUAAUGUGUUUACUCCAUACAAAUACCUUCUGGCAGAAAAUAAUAUAGGUUCUUCCCUGAUUUCAGACACUGAGUUGUCAGAUUUAUAACCACAAUGAUUUUACUAGCUGUGAUGUUACAAACAGCUGUGUCUGUAAAAAGCAUAAGCUGUUAUGGUGCUUGGAGUGUCGCUUUAAGUAAAUACCUUUAGACAAAUAUUGACCUAAAUCAAAGAAUGGUUCUGUGAAGUAGAUAAAAGUUUCAUGAAAACAGUAUACUUCGGUAGCUCAUAGUAAUGAUUAUGUCCAUCAAUGGCCUAUUAACUCUUUUAUAUUGGUUUCUUUUUUCAACUCCUAUUACUUCCUACCGUAGAUGGAGGAUGAAACUAAUCCAGCCGUGUAAUAUUAUUUUACAUGUUACUGCUUUUAAAAUAGUGGCGAGCCAUGUACCUGUUGAACAAAAGGUGUUGUAUACUCCAGAUUUGAUGCAGAGGAAUGUGUAUAUAGACAACCAUAGGAUGUUGGCAUGUGGGUUCAAGCAUUUAAAUUGCCAGGAUAAUGGUGCAAUAGGUACUCAAAGAUUUCUAUUUUGACUUGAAGGCCUAUUAAUUUCCUUUUGAUCACUACAUUUCUCCACAUUCUGGCAUUAAUUUCCUUUUGAUCACUACAUUUCUCCACAUUCUGGCAUGGCCGACAGGAACAUUUAGCUAAAACAAGGUCCUUCCAUUGGGGUGCAAGAUGUCACUAUAUAGAAUCUUGAACACAUGUUUGUGGAAUACUGGUUGAAAUAAGGUAUCUAGAGCUCAGGCUUGUAACAUAUUAGAUUGAAAAAAUGUCUUAUUCAAAUUUAUUGAAUUAAAAGAUGUAUCUAGAUUUGUGAUGUGUUUGUUGAUAAUAGCAGGCCUAUUCACUAAAGUGAGAAGAGUUGGAAAUUCAAAGUGCUUUUUAAAUUUAUGGGCAGGUUUCCCAAACUGAAAAGACAAAUGGUCAUUUUUCUAAUUCGGCUAUUUUGGACUAAAUUUUGAAAUUCACUUUGAAUCCUUGGACGCUCUCGCUUUAAUGAACAACCCUGUAGAUCUCUAAUGCUGGAUCUUGAGACUUGGAAAGUCUUAGCAAGUCUUCCUUUUGACAUCCAUUGAUGGAAGAUGCUCUGAGUUUCGUCUUGUUAUUUAGGAGCAGAAGUAUUGACGAAUAUAUGGGACACAAUGCGUGUUUAUGAUUUAAUACACUCUUUGUGUGGACUGCUGUGUAAUGUUUCAAUGUCUUUGUUUUUUCACAGCUCUUCCGUGAAGUACGAAUUAUGAAAGGACUUAACCACCCAAACAUUGGUGAGAACGUGAGCCUUGUCACAUUUAUUACUGUCUUGCCAAUUCUUUUUCCCAUUCCACCGUUCAGUACCUCAGGCUCCCUUUCUCUAUUUUCACCAUCUCCUUUUCUCUCACAGUGAAGCUGUUUGAAGUCAUCGAGACAGAGAAGACACUAUACCUAAUCAUGGAAUAUGCCAGCGGAGGUACACUUGGCCAUGUGCUUGUUUUACCUUGCUCUCUUUAUGAUCUUAUGUUCUCUCCAUUGUUGUACCUGACUAUAUCUUUUUGUUUCCACUGUGCCCCACCCCCAAUUCUAACCCUGAACAUUUAUACUUUCCAUUAUUCUCAUCUCCUCUGUUUCUCACCCACAUUACUUCCCUCUCCUUUCUCUUUGUCUCUCUCAGGCGAGGUAUUUGAUUACUUAGUGUCUCAUGGUCGUAUGAAAGAGAAAGAAGCUCGGGCCAAAUUCCGACAGGUGAGCAGGUGUCUCCUUCCUAUUUGCUUCUCUCUCAGUGUCCCCUAACUGUCCUCUCCACUCUGCGCCGUAGGCAGCCGUUAUGCACGUGUGCCUCUUUGUGAGUCCUUGUAUGCUCCAAGCUUCGCGUCUUUGUGUGUUUGUCUCUUGUUUUCCUCGUGUUCCGAACGUGGAAGGUUAAACCUCACACCUUGGUGUUUGCAGAAUGCCAGGCUUCACAUGUUCUCUGUUGGUCUGAUAGGAAAUGAAUGCUGGGUUCUGAAAUAACCUGGCACCCCAAAUCAGUAUUUUAUAGAAGGCCAAAGUGGUAGUUUAAAAGUGAUGAGAUAAAUGAAUGAGCUCAGCUUCCUUCUCAGUGAAAUAAAUAGUAUUGCAACGGAGUUUAAGUGAACUGAUAAUAAACAUAUCUACAUGCAUGUGAAUGUGUCCCUUUAUUAUUAAUUUGAAUAUUGCAUCCCUACAAAUGUUGGUCAAAUGAUGUCACCCCCACCUUAGUAAUAUGGGUAAUAGGAACAUUGUUACAGUACAAGGAAGGAAGAGAAAUAUAAAUAGUCAUGAUGUGUUAACCUCUUCUUGACAAGUGAUUAGGCAAAUCCUUUAAUGCCACUGCAGUUUUGGUAAAUAUGUCCUGAAGGGUUUAUCAUUGCAUCCCCCCACCUUUUUUUUUUUUUUAGGUAAUUUAAAGUAACAAUUAUAAUGUACUAUACUGUCUAUUUGGUUUUAUGAUCUUGUAAAUAAUAAUUUAUAUCAUAUUUAAAAUGUAAAUAAAUAUAUAUGUGUGUGUGUGUGUGUGUGUGUGUGUGUAUGUAUAUAUGUAUAUGUAUAUAUAUAUAUAUAUAUAUAUAUAUAUAUUAUAUAAUUUUCACAAAGCAUACUUGGAUUAGUCAUCUAUAGUUUAUGAUGACAGGGAGUUUUGUAGCUGUGAUCCCUUUAAAACAAAUGUUUAUUCUGUAUGUCAACAUGUUACUCCAAAACACAAAUAUAAAGAAGUCUGCAAUGAGCUGUCAGCUGCGGUAUUGGUCUAUGAUCCGUGACGCUGACGUCAUAGUGACGUUAAGUAACAACAGUACAUCCAUAGAUUUCAGUGACACUGCAGCUGCACUAUGGUUAUUUAGUUGUGUAGAGAAACUUGUCUUAGUCUGAUUGAUAAAACUAACAGGACCCUAUGUUACUGCUUUGUAGCAAACAAUAAGUCACCUGGGUCUUAAUCAUUGCAAAGAAAAAUCUAAAUUUGUGAUCUAACCAAGUCUACAGAAAUUAGGAAAGGGUGGUGUGGCUCUAAAUAUCAAAUAUCAUGGGUUCUAGCUCAGUAGGUUAGUAAGUUCAACCAAAACAUAUUUUGUUUUCAAUGCUAAACAUCAUCACACAAUGGAAUUCUCUAACAUUGCUACCAUUAACUGGUCUAUCAUUAAUACAAUAAUACAAAAAUACAAUAAUAUAUUAAUAAAAGUAAAAAUCUGAUUUAUCUGAUGCAAGUUAUUUAGUAAACAAUGGAUUUCUGCCGUUAUUACAUCAUUAACCUAAUCAACUUUAAUUUAUGUUUUGAAGUUUGUUUUUUAUCACUGCCUAUAGUUUGUGGGUAAGCUAUCCAGUGCAGGAAAAAAAUAAUAAUGGGAUUACGUUCACAACAGCGGCCCUUUUAAACCCUGAAAGAAAUGACAUUACUGCGUAUAUCCUGUUUAUGGCUAACAUUGGCAGGUUCCAUAGCCUUGCAGAGCAUUGUGGGAAAUGUAGUUAACCAACAUCUGACAUAGUGUAUGAGUACUUGGCAGUCACUUGAUUUACUACUUGAAGGUAUGUUAAACUGCACUUUAGGUCAGAGUUUACAAAGUUUUAUGCUCCCACGUAUUGGAAGGAAGUAGAGCUGUUGGUCAGCCUGCGUCAUUAUCUGCUGUUGCUGCUGAUGUUUGGAAUUAGCCGGAGGUUUAGGAAAAAAAAAAAAGUUAAGCCUUUGAACUAUGCACUAACUCAUUUUAUAGAUAAACAUUCACAAAUAGCUUGUAAAGUAUAAGUAAGAAUGGCUUCUAAAGAACACUUUAGGAAGUAACAUGGUGACUCAAUGCACAUCAAUCAAUCAGUACCUGAUUGUGUUGUAGUAAUUAGGGUGUAUCAGGAACAUUCUCUGUAGAGACACAUUUAACCCUAAAGGCGAGGAUAUUAAGAGGGUAAAGCUUAAAACUGUCCCAUUAGCUCUAACAAAGCAUUAUAAUGGUGGCUGCUUCCCUAUAAGGGCAGUACAAUGGAAUAAGAAAGUGUUUACUUGUGGGAUUGUGUCCUGGGAAUCGUGUUUAACUUGUUCAGGGGUAGGUUAAUAUCUAUUAGCUCAAGGGCAAAGUAUACAAAUAUAAUAUGAACAGACAACUGAAAUCUAGGCCAGUCCCAUGUUAUAUACACAGUAAUUAAUAGGGUCUACAGCAGCCCAGCAAGAGCCAUGGCUGUAUUUUAUUUCAGAUCCACCUAGUGGCAGUUUGUAACAUUCCAGGUAUGAAAAUUGCUGCUGACGCCUGCUCUGCCAAAAUGUUUUAAUUACAAGAAUCUUAGGUGUCUCUUUGCCCCUUUUCAUUCCACCCCUGCCGUGGUUUGCCAUGCUUAUGGCUAUAAUAAUGUCUGUAAUUCUAAUUGUUCAGAUCAAUCUGUAUGUGUGUAGCCCGGCUGCCUUUGUUUAUGUGUUCUUUGUUGUCCCUAGGUAGUUGGCUGAUUAUGUCUAUAUGGCUUACUCUGUCUGUAGUUGGCUGUGUUUGUGAAUACCAUAUGAUAUGUUUGUCUAUCUUUCUGUUCCAUACCAUUAUAUUAUCUCUUGUUGUCUUUAGUUAUGUGUUCUAGGUUAUCGUUGACUUCCAUACCAUUAUAUUAUCUCCUCUUGUCUUUAGUUAUGUGUUCUAGGUUAUCGUUGACUUCCAUACCAUUAUAUUAUCUCCUCUUGGCUUUAAUUAUGUGUUCUAGGUUAUCGUUGACUUCCAUACCAUUAUAUUAUCUCCUCUUGGCUUUAAUUAUGUGUUCUAGGUUAUCGUUGACUUCCAUACCAUUAUAUUAUCUCCUCUUGGCUUUAAUUAUGUGUUCUAGGUUAUCGUUGACUUCCAUACCAUUAUAUUAUCUCCUCUUGGCUUUAAUUAUGUGUUCUAGGUUAUCGUUGACUUCCAUACCAUUAUAUUAUCUCCUCUUGGCUUUAAUUAUGUGUUCUAGGUUAUCGUUGUCUUCCAUACCAUAUAUACUCUGCAAACUAUGUUUAUGUGUGUUUGGGUUAUCUAUAGGACCCUACUUUCUCUGUUUAUGUUUGUGCCAAAAAAUAAAGCUCUAUAUUCUAUUUUUUGUGUGUUACAGAUCUGUAUGUCUCAGCUUUCUUUGUUUCCUGACGUUCUCUGUUUAAAUUUAGUUCCAGGUCUUAUAUCUGUAUGACUCUGCUUUCUCUGGCUAUGUAUGUUCCAGGCUGUAUAUAUACAACUCUGCAUUCUCGAUAUCUGUGUGUUCCAGGCUAUUUAUAUAGCUUUGUUUCUGAGUGUUCCUGGCUGGUUGUAUAGCUCUUCACUUUCUGUUUCUGUGUGUUCCAGAAUAUAUAAAUAGCUCAGCAUUCUUUGUUUCUGUGUAUCCAAGCUAGAUUUACAGCAAUGCAUUUUCUAAUUUCCAUGUGUUCAAUGCUAUUUAUAUAGUUUCAUAUUUUCUGCUUAUGUGUAUUCUAUGCUUUCUCUGUGUUUCUGUGUAGCUAUAUAUCUCUGCUUUCUCUGUAUCUAUGUGUUCGUGGCUAGCUAUAUAUCUCUGCUUUCUCUGUAUCUCUAUGUUCAUGGCUAGCUAUAUACCUCUGCUUUGCCUGUUUAUCUGUGUUCCAAAUUAUUUCUAAGUCUCCCAUACUGUCUAUAUGGUUAAUUUUAUGAACAUUUUAUAGCAAUCUAUUCAUUGGGCUUGAUGUGUUUCUAUCUCUGGCUAACUGUUCUUCUAUCAUGCUCGUGUGUGUAUUAAUCUGUGGUUACUUGAUUUUUUUGGUUGAUAAUUCUGUUUGUUUGUUUUUUCUUGCUUACUGUUGAUUUUUCCUGCAUAUUACCUCUAUCCUUUUGCUAAUAUGCAUUUCUAUGUGUGGUUGUCCCUCUAAGAUACCCUGACACAGUGACUCAAUGGUCUGCGCACAUCAAGCGUCUCAGCCCAUGUAUUGCUUCUAGAACGACACAUCCCAUAAUGCUCUGCUAUCCUUUAGUAUCUUGGAAGCUAUAGUUAGUCUGGGGAUUUCCUUUUUGGUCAUUCUGUAUCUUGCCUAAGGAAUGUAACUGCCACAAUGUAGAGCUAGAGGUUUCCUUUCAUUCAUUCUGGCUUACUGCUACACCCCACUACAUACCCAUUGGCAGGGCCGGAUUAACAUAGGGGCUGAUGGAGCUGCAGCUCCAGGCCCAGGCCCAUGAAAUAGGCCCAUUUUAAAAAAAAGAAUAAAAAAAUUAUUUUUUUACUUUUUUGGUUUUUUACACACUACUCUUUUGCCACCUGACUGGUAUUUUACCGGCACAGCCAAUGUUUGAGGCUGCCUGGUUGUGCCGGUAUUGCAGUAAUACCCGCAAUAGAAGUGCAGAUAUUUUUCUCAGUAUAAACGGAGAUUACUCUGCAAUACCAGCACCAGCCAGUAGGGGUCACUGUGUGUGGAGAGAGGAAGUUACAGCAUAUCCCUCCCUGCCUCUCUCUACUCACUGAUCCAUGGGGGAGCAGCUACACAGCACAGAGGGUUCAGACAGCAGCUCCCAGCCUGCAGAGACAGCCUACAGCUCAGGUAAGUGGGGGGGUGGGGGGGGUAAAGGCUGCAGGGAAACAUGGGGACACUGAGACACUAGGGGACACUGUGAGACAUGGGGACGCUGAGACACAUAGGGAUGCUGGGAGACAUAAGGACAUUGGGAGACACACUGGGACAUGGAGACACUAGGGACACAGUGUCUCCAUGUCUCUCAGUAUCCCCAUGUCUCCCAGCCAGUGUCCCUGGUUUCUCAGGGUCCCCAUGGCUCUCAAUGUCCCCUAGUUUCCCAGUGUCUGUGUCCCCAUGGCUCUCAGUGUCCCUAGUGUCUCAGUGUCCCCAGGGCUCCCAGUGUCCACCAGUUUCCCAGCCAGUGUCCCCAUGUAUUCCAGUGUCCCUAUGUCUCUCAGCCUGUGUCCCUAGAGUCUGUGUCCCCGUGUCCCCAGUGUCCCCAUGUCUCCCACUGUCCCUAGUGUCUCAGUGUUCCCAUGUCUCCCAGUGUCCCCUAGUCUCCCAGUGUCUGUGUUCCCAUGUCUCUCAGUGCCCUUAGUGUCCCAAAAUGUCUGUGUCCCCAUGUCUCCCAGUGUCUGUGUCCCCAAAUGUCUCAGUAUCCCCAUGUCUCCCAGUGUCCCCAUGUCUGUAUCCGCAAGUGCCCCCAUGUGUCCCCAAGUGUCUCCAGUGCCCCUAUGUCUCCAAGUGUCUGUGUCCCCGGGGCUCUCAGUGUCCCCAUGUCUCACUGUGUCCCAGGCUGGCCUUCCAAUUCUUUGGACAGACAUGCCCCCUUUUUGGCAGUUCUGCUCACGUGAUUCGCGUCAGUGGACCACCCUUUUAUCCCGCCCAUUGACUUCCCUCUUUACUGGACAGUGCUGUUAUUGGGUAUGGAUUUACUUGAAAGAUGAAAGCAUAAAUUAGAGAGAGAUUAGCAUAGAGUAUGUGUUUUCUUAUAGCUGCAUCCUUUGAGUUUCCCUCCAACACCAUCUCCAUCAGAUACAUGAUGCUUGGGAGGUAUGACUGUUUUAGUGUUUUUGGUCAAUAAGAUGCUGUAAUUAGGCCCCAUCAUAACUGUCAGCCCCAGGCCCAUUGGGCUCUUAAUCUGGCCCUGCCCAUUGGGCUGUAAACUAAAAUGUGGAGAACUGAUGGAGAUAUUGCAAAUUGCAGGUUUUCCACUAACAUUUAAAUUGUCAGAAAUUCCAAGUGAACUCCAUGUGUAUUUCAAAUUUAGACCAAAACAGCUUUACCAAAGCCAUAGUUGACUUGGAGAAUAUGUUUGAUAUUUUGGCCUUCCAUUUGAAACCCUUUACCCGUUCUCCAGAGUUUAUAUUUAAUAUAAAAUACCAUCUCCUUAGCCUUUUAAAGCAGACACGUCACAUUAAAUAAAACACUGAAAACCACUUAUAACUUGUAUUAACCUUUUUUUGAUCUGAUGAUUCAUUCUCUUUUAAAUUGUACAUUUAAAAUGUAGCAAGGAAUAUCACAUUGUAGUUCAAGCUAGGCAUGGCUACGGCACACAAUACAAAUGAGGAGAACGGGAACUAGUCUCAGAUCCUUUACUUCCAGUAACUAUGUUCAGUGGCAGACAAAGGGCAAAAUUCACAGUGGUUGACAAGAAGUCACGAUGGAGGCGCCCAGUUGCUGGAUAGAUGUGUGGGUUUCUACAUUUAAUUUUCAGACCUCACAAAAACAUGUUUGCUAUAAAAAGAUGCAUAAAGACCUUGCACACACACAGUUGGAAGAUUCAUAACAGCGCCUCGACUACAAACCCUUUUAGAACAGUACAACACUUUUAAAAAUCACCCCAAGGCUUAUCAUUGUCAUCUUACACUUUGCUCUUACAAUGACAGACUGCAUCUCCAGUUGCACUUCAGACUGCAGUCCCGAUGAUACACAUUUCUGUCUUUUAUCCCGGGCAGCCAUUUCUUCAAUUUCUUCACAAACUAUUGAACAAUGACCAUGUAUCUCCAACAUAAAACUGUUGGAAGAAUACUUUCCACCACUGGUUUUCUCGUUCAUUUAACACACAUUCUCUUACUUUCACUCCCACUGCCUUUUCUCAUACAAUAGUCUGUUCACUAAAUCUUGAAUUUGUUAUAGGAAAUUUGAUUACUUUCAUUCAGCUCAGUUCUUUGCAAUUCGGGUGAUGAAACUUGUCUCUUGUUCACUUUAUAUACUCUCAACCACACAGAAAGCUCAAUGAGCCAAAAGGGUCCUUGCUCUGUUUAUCAAACAAGUGUAGAGAAAAGACUUGCAGUUCAAAUGUAAUUGAUUUGUGAAUAUCUGCAUUAGUAAACUAAUGUUUUACAUAGCAAAUGUUCAGCUGAGAUUGCUGGAUUUCUAAAACGAAUGCUGUUCGGCUCUUGGAUAUAGACGACAAAGUACUUCUCUCUCAUAAUCAGGCGCUGUGCAGAUUAUCUCUCCGCUACACUUCUAGUGUACUCGCUUGUUUUAUACAUGUACCAUAUCUUUCACGUUGACAUAUUUCUUUCUACUCCUCCCACACAAUGACUGUCUACGUCUACUCUCACAGAUUGUCUCUGCUGUUCAUUACUGUCACCAGAAGAACAUUGUUCAUCGAGACCUUAAGGUGAGAUACAUUUCCAACUUAAUAAAUUUUUUUACCCUCUGUGUAUGUGAAUUCUGUUGAUUAUUAUUCAGCCCUUUUACCUAAUACACCAAAUUAUUGUUGUAACUUUAUCCAGCCAUAUUUCUAAACUCCUAAGAUAUUGUUUCUCUGCUCUCUUGCAAUCGUUGCCCUUUAGACUUCUUACUAUCAUACUUUUCUUGCUGCGUUAGGCUGAGAACCUCCUGCUCGAUUGUGAUGCCAAUAUAAAGAUUGCAGACUUUGGGUUCAGUAAUGAAUUUACUCCGGGUGGGAAGCUGGACACUUUUUGUGGGAGCCCCCCCUAUGCAGCUCCUGAGCUUUUCCAAGGCAAGCGGUACAACGGACCUGAAGUGGAUGUCUGGAGCUUAGGGGUUAUCCUUUACACGCUGGUCAGCGGAUCUUUGCCUUUCGAUGGACAGAAUCUCAAGGUAAAGUGAAAGAAGGGGACUUUUGGAAGAGGUAGAACGUGAGGUGUUGGAAGAUGUUAAACAUUUUAUGUUGUGGUAGCUACGGUCCUUUAAUGUAUUUAUAUUUUCAGUCCUUCAUACUCAUCAAUUAAAAUAUUUGUGGGAUAUCCCUCUAAGCCUAUGAUACGUUCACUUUUAUUAUGUGCUUUGAGGACAUUCAUUUGGGAAAUGGCAAUUCAGUCUGUUCAUGCUUCUGCCAUCUAGUGGCAUGAGAGGGGUUUUGUCAGACUAUUUUUAUUUCAUGCAUUCUGAUGGUAAUCAUUUUUUUUUUCCUUCAGGAGCUACGAGAGCGUGUCCUCCGUGGGAAAUACCGAGUCCCGUUUUAUAUGAGCACAGACUGUGAGAGUGUUCUGCGGAGAUUCUUGGUGCUAAAUCCAAACAAGAGAUGUACUCUAGAUGUACUUAAACCUUAUUCAAUUUUUUUUCUCUUUCCUUAGAGUAUCUCAUGGUCAAACAACCUGCUUUCUUUUCCAUGCUGAUUAUUAUGAUCAUUUCUUGCAGCAAAUAAUGAGUGACAAGUGGAUGAACAUUGGUUAUGACAGUGAUGACCUUAAGCCGUAUAAAGAGCCAGAGGAAGAUCAUGCUGAUCCCAAGCGCAUUGGUGAGGGUGGCAGAAUCAGUCUCUGGUCAUUAGUGAACACUAAAUUGUUGUGAUCCCAAACGUUAAAUAAUUUUAAAGGCAAUAAUCUUAUUUUGAUGAUACUUGGUGUCCAUUCUAGGCACCCUACUCUGAACUUUGGUAAUCUUUGGGCCUGAACGAGUUCCACAGUCUCAUUCCCUUGGGGACAAAACCUGUCCAAAAAUAAAUAACACUACAAACAUUUCUCCAUGAUCAUCAUGUGGUGUUCUAACAUGAAAGACUACCAUCAUUUUGGUAUUGGAGUCAGGCAAGGAGCUCUAUGACAUCUCACUAGCUAGAUAUUAAUAUUUAAAAAAAAAUUUGGGGAUUUUUUUUUUUUUUUUUAAACACCAGAGUACCUGAAACUUUAUUUCAGCAUAAGCUCAGGAACACAUCUUCCUUUACAUCAACAGUAGGCAUUUUGCUUUUAUUGCAGAACUACAUCACAGAAUUAGGUUUACCAUAGAUGGCAUAGGAUUAUAGGAAUUGUAGUUUCUCAACAGCUCGAGAUUCACGGUUUGCUUAUCAAUGGCCUAAUUUUAAUGUUAUUUGAAAAUAUUUGAAAAUAAAUAAUUGUGAAAAUUUACAGAACCCAUCUCACCUGUUAAAACUAUGUUGCUCAGAUUGCUGCCAUCUUGUGUUAAAUUAUAUACUUUAUUGAAGUCAAAUAUAUGCUAUAAUAGGAGUUUCUUUUCCUUUGAAUUGUCACCCUUUUGUGGGUGACAUUAAUUGCCUUCUGGUGCCUUUGAAGAAUGCAUUUGAUGGAACUCUAAAUAAAAUAAUUAAAAAAGAAUGGGGUUUAAAAAGAUAAAACAACGCAACUCCUUGCAAUCUUUUAGAACACAGCCCCACUUGAAUGUGACAGUUGCUUGUUAAAGGGGAAUUCUUGUCACUGUAGCCUUGUGUGAUCAAGCUUUCUAUGUUGUAGAUGUUGUUAAUUUUACAUUUCCUUGUUCUGUGAAAAUAAAUUAAAAAAAGAAAUCCAUCUACAUCCUUGGCUGAAAAGCAGCAGUGGGUGGGGAAUGACUAAUAAGUCUGAUUUGAGGUUUGAAAUGCAGUUCCUGCUGGAGGAGGGGCACAGCAUGCUCCAUCUUAUAGAUCUCUGUGUGUCAUCUAGCAACCUACAGAAUUCAUUUAAUUAGAAAUGCCAUCGACCAGUACCUUCCGCUGCUCUCUGCCCCUGUACGGUAGACUUUAUCAUGCCAACCAAUAGACCUUAUUCAUGUCAUGAUUUAAAUGACGCAGAACAAAACAUCAUGUUUGUCAUCAAUUAGUGUAAUAAUGUUUCCACUUUGAUGCAGGAUGCUUGCAAAUUUAGUAAUUUGUUUCAUUGAGAACAGCCCUCAUGGGGUGCCUGAAGGGUAUUUGGUUCCAAUGAUUAUGCCAACAAAGGCCUUGAUUUUAUAUUUUUGAGUAAACUCUUUUAAAUGAUUUUUUUUUCAAAAUAUAAAAAUAUCCAAAUAUAUCAUAUAUAAAAAUGUAUUUUAAAAAAAAUCUGAUUACAGAAAAAAAUAUAUAUCAUAAUUGUAAACUGUGUUAAAAGUUCUUCCAAAAAUAUUAAAUCAUUUGCAAAUAUUAAACAAGAGAUUGAUGUAUUGCCAAAGGAAUUCCAAUUUUUGAAUUACUAUCCACUAUUUUUUUUCUGCUCCGUUAUUUUGGCCUGAUGUGAAAUUUCCAUUUAAAUUCUUGAGUAAUUCCCAACUAAAUAAUUAAACCCAAUAGGGUGUAUUCAGUAAACAUCCCAUUAUGGUGAGCUGAAAAAUGAAUUGCUAAAUUUAGGCGAAAAUAGCCAAUUUAGAAAAAUAGGUCAAUGGUUUCACACCCGACAGGUCCAAAGCACACAUUGAGGCAUUAAUUAAUAAGACUUAAAUUUAUAAGACAUCAAUGAGAUCAUUGCUUUGUGUAAUUUACAAAAAGACAAACAUUUACAAAAGAUAUAUCAUUGCAGGCUCUGGUAAUUAUAGUUUCUAUAUUUUCUUUUUUCUGCCUAGAAAUCAUGUUAGAUAUGGGUUACUCUCGGGAGGAGAUCAAAGAUGCUCUGAGCUCAAAUAAGUACAAUGAAGUAAUGGCUACCUACCUGCUGCUUGGAAGGAAGGCUGAAGUGAGUUCUCAACAGAUCAUACUAGAGGGGGGCAUUCUUAACAUCCUAAAUGUUUGUGGACUGCAUUUCCCAUGAUGCUCAGCUGGAAAUGGUAGCUCACAAACUUUUGGAAGGCAAAGCUUAGCCCACACUCUGACUGCUCAAUCAUCUGAUAAUGUUCUUCAAAAAUAUGAUGAACUCUUCAUAUUUCCCUCCCCUAGAAUGAAACGGUGGAUUCUCGAACAGACAGCACACUUUCCCUCUCUCGUUCUCGAGUCACCUCAGAUGUCACCAACGGUGCCACCAAGUCCUCUUCGAGUCACAGCAAAAACCAGCGUGGCUAUCAGAGGCAGAGGAGACACAGUGACUUUUGUGAGUUUAUUUUACUCAGACUGGGAUCACUAAUCUAUCUCUCCUGCUUGGUGACAUAAGUACACUGUUAAAAUGUAUUAAGAGAAGGAUGACCUUGUUCUUUGGGUUACCGCCCUGCACUCUCCGUUUGGAAUUAGUUUGAACUGAUUCCCCAGUGCAGUCUUACUAUAGCUCAUUGGAUUCAUGACAACAAUAUACAAGUCUACGGCGCUGUGCUCAUGGGAAAGCAUAGAAAUCAAAGACUAUAGAGAGUUAUAUAUUUAUUUGGUAAUAUAUUUAUUUUGGGAAGUUUAAAUCCUACAUAAGUCGCUAAGUUCAGGAUAGAAAUGCAUUAUUAGUGAGUUCAGACAAACUCAAAACACUCGCCAGUAUGUGCAUGCACGCAAGACUGGUUCUCCUAACUAAUAUCAGGAGUGGGCAAGAGGAAUGGGCUAUUUAGACUGGCCACAGUGAAAUACUGUACUUCAUUAAACGGAUAGUGUAUGUACCAUAACUACUGUAGGUCAUGUUAGGGGGUUUUAGUGCACCAAGUCUUUAAGGGCCAUCAAGGUCCCAUUACGCUUCCUUAUGUUGGAUAACUGGUUAACUUGGCACAGAAAGGAUACUUUUAAAAAUAAAUAAAGAUCAAUAUGGGGCAUUUGUUUCUAAUCUAUUCUAUUGAUAUAGUUAUGUUUAUAUCUCUAUAUUCUUCUGUCUACUCACAGGUGGCCCUGCCCCUGCUCCUUCGCAGGCCAAGCGUAGCCCCCCAGGGGUGGGAGAAGAGGGGACAGUUGGUGAGCGCCUUGCCCCCAGGAGGGGCAGUGGUUCAGUGGGUGGGAGCAGCCGGCCUCCCCCACCCUCUAGCCCCAUGGUUAGCCACGCUCACAAUCCCAACAAGGCUGAAAUUCCAGAACAGCGCAAGGAGGCUCCUCCCACAACAGUAAGGACAUGCCUAAUUUUUUAUUUUUCUUUCUUAAAACACCGCGUUUCCCUUUAAAACACCCCUCUGCUGCUGUAGGUUGAAUUAGGGUGUCAUCAGUCAGCUGGCUAAUGUAAAUUCUGUGCCACUUUCUUUACACAGAAUGACAGUGGUUGGCUGAGAGUGUUCAGCUGACAUUCCCAGCCAGUGAAUUCCGACCCUUGUGGCUUCCAGCUUCUGCAGCUCUGCAGAAGCAGGAAUCACAUCAUUAGACCACCAGUGAACAUCAGAGCCCGGUUGGGGUCCAGGUAAAAGAGUAAACUGUUGACAAACUGUAUGCCUCAUUAAUGGGGAACCGGCCAUGGUACUCCUGGUAUCAUAACCACUACUGCUUUCUGUAAUGGUUACGAUGCUUGGAGUAACCUUUUAAGUUUUCUGGAAGUCCAUUGUACCUAUUUUCUUCUAGAUCACAAAUGGUCAGUAAGCAUCCCAGAGGGUGUUUUAGCCAGAGUUAUUACAUUACAUUGUAGUUACUGCAGUUUUUUCACCAACACAUGCUCUUUGCAAUGGUGUGGUGAGCAUUCUUGGAGAACUGGGUAUAUCACAGGGCACUAUUUUGGGGUAGAGGGGAAAAAGGUGGUGUUUUUUUUUAUCAUAUCCAAUGUAUCAGGAGAAAAGGGGAAAGGGAAGUGUAAAAGCUAAAAUAAAAUGGAAGUAAACAACUUUUUAAAACCAAAAUAUUGAUUUGACAGCUGAUUUACAAAGUUUACACUAAAAAGAUACAAAUUACUGUUUAGUGAAUAAACCCUGUAGACAUGCCUCCCUAUUUGUUGCCAUAUUUACUGUUAUUUAAAGUCUAUCAUUUAAAGCCACAUCCAUCACAUCAGCCAGUAUCGCUUCCAAACCACUCAUACUUCCAAAGGACCGCACCAUUCUUGUCUGUAUCCUACACUGCAAAAAUAUUAUUUAAUCAGUUUACAAUGUGAACUGUACCACUUCUCAGAUUAACACGCCUCCAGGUGUCAUGGGCCGCAGGAACACGUAUGUUUGUACAGAUCGCCACGGCUCAGAGCGUCACUCCCUACUCCAUAAUGGAAAAGAGAACAGGUAAUUUGUCUAGUUACUUUCUUUGACCUGGAUUUAAUAUCUAUGGGAUCUAUGGAAGUCACCAUUAAAGUCUAUGGGACUUUUUUUGUUUAAUAUAAAUAAUAAAUAAAAUAUUUGGAAAGUUUCUUAAAUCAAGGCCUUUGUUAUUAGAAAUUCCAUCAAUGAUCUCAAAUUAUCUGGGUGGGAUAGAAUAAACAUUUGCACUUGUUUGAGAUAUUGGGAUAAUUCAGUCAUAACAGUCCAGUCUAAAUAUUGUAUAUAAAAAUGGAAUGUCUUACUCAUUUUACAAGAGUGCUGCUGAUGUUAACUAGAUAGACUAAUCCCUGGCUGAGCUGAGGGUUAAGGGAUUUUUAGGAUCAGAUGAAUUGUCGUUUGCUCAUAGUAUAAUAUCACUGAAUGGUAAAUAUUAUCUGUAACUGGAGUUUAGGGUGUAGGUAUUUACCAGUCUGUUCUAUUGGGCAUAUUUGGAAUAUUGAUAUUGUUACAAAUAGAAAAUGGCUGACCAAUGGCUUACCAAAAGUGGUCUCUUUUCUUCACCCUGACAGCUCGACUCCCACUCGUCCACCUGCCUCGUCACCCUCCACCCAGAGCAUUGCAGAACGAAGCACACUCUCCCGAGGAUCUAAUGUGCGCAGCACUUUCCACGGUGGCCAUGUGAGGGAUCGGAGGGGUCAGAACCCACCCCCAAGUUCUCCCACACGUCCUCAUGAAGGACUGAACCAGAGCAGGAGCCGAGCCACCUCAAAUCUGUUUAGCAAACUGACCUCCAAACUGACCCGCAGGUAAUUUAGAUGCGUCUGGUGGCAGAGAGGACCUAUUUUGGUGGCCGACCACCCCCGUGUUAUUGCACAGCAACAUACACAGAUCAGACCAUGUGUAUUGCCACGCACACUACAAAGAGGACCCUCCAAACAACCUUAAAAUUUGCUUUUUCCUGCAUAGUGUGGGUGUUGCCUUGGUCACUCCAUAGAAUCCACCCAGAAGGCAUGUGAUAAUCAGGACCUUAUUGCUGCUUGAGUGGUAGAUAGAAGGCAACCAGAAGUUUGUUUUUGAGUUCGUAGAAUUACCCAUUCCUCUAUGCCUACUACUAGAUUGCACUGACUGGAGUAGGCUGGCACCAUGAUGCAUACCUACUGCAUAAACAUAUUGAUUGAAAUCCACCCCUACUUAUAGAUUGACACUUAUAGAGAAAAUGACCAAUGUUCCCCUUUUCCUUGAUCGUGAACCCUGAAAGCUAUGUAGCUUGGAAUAUUUGUCCCUCCUGCUUUCUGUCCUUUCUUUAACUUUCUCUUAAACCUCAGGCCACUGCUCCUCUCCUAGUCCUAAUUAUCCCUCCUUCCCCUAUUCUAUUCAUUUCCACUCUUUCUUUCUCUCUCUAUCUUUACCUCCCUCUUUAGGGUCGCUCUUGACCCAUCUAAGAGACAGGCGUCUCAUCGCUGUGUGUCUGGAGUGUCUCUCCCUCAGGACAGCAAGAUCAGUAAGUGCCAUGCUCUAAUACCCGAAUAUGUUGCCUAUAAUGCUUCUUAAUCUGUGCUAGGUGCUUUAAACCCAGGGUUGUCCAGCCUUCACCUUCCAGACUUGGUUGGACCUCAUUUUCCAUUAACCCAGCAUAGUGGGAAUGACAGUCCAACAGCAGCUGGGGUUCCAAGGCUGGACACCCCUAUUUUGCCCUAACUAAUUAUGUGUUGCAAGCCUUUUCAGUACUUUUCUCUUAAUGUUUAUUUAAAUGCUUCUUUAUCCUUGCAGUUCCUUUCUAUUGUACCCGCUAUGAGAAUGUGGUGCUUGUAGUAAUAAUUGUUCUGCCGUUAGCAUAGUGCUAGUGCUGCUUAUCUUGCUCAGCUUCUAGAACAGAGUUGUCACAAGUGGUUCUUAAAGGGACAUACAUCACUUUAAGAACCACAUACAUCACAAAGCUUUAGCUUUGAAUGAGACAGUUGCUUCACUCUGCAGGCAAUUAUUAUAAUAAUUUUUUUAUAUUUAUGUGCUUUUUCUUACUCCUGCUUUCCACACCCACUUCAGGGGGGGCAUUGAUCUAACCAAUCAGUGUCCAAUUUCUAGGAAUGCUGUAAAUGUUCAUUAGACAUGCCUGACAGUUUUAGACACAUGCAGUUGUAAGAUCUCUUCACCUUGCAACAUCUUACAGGAGUAGGAGAGAGGGAGUGUGUGUCUCUAAGAGCUGUAUGGGGGGAGGCUGAGUUUGUGUCUCUAAUAGCUGUAUGGGGGGAGACUGAGUGUGUGUCUACUAUAAUGUAGCUAUGCAUGUGCCUGAGUAUCCUUUUGUAUCUGUGUCUGUGUGCAUGUGUAUGCUUUUGUUUCGGAGCGUAUGUGUAUGGGUAGUUGCUGGCAUUGUCUUGUGUGUAAUAGGGGCUGCUUGUGGUUUUAGUGUAUCGUAUUUAUGGUGAGCCUGAGUUUCAUGUGUGGGAAGUGACUUUGUAUAACGGUGACUGUUAUCAGGGGGUGAUUGUGGUAAGGUCAAGGUGGUGUAAGUGUGACACUGUUUGGAGGGUGAGUGUGGCAGUUAUGGUAGUAUGUGUGACCGGGUGAGGUGGGGUGAGUGUGACAAAGUUAGGGUGUGAGUGUGACUGGAUUGGGGGCUAAAAGUGGCAGGAUGAGCGGCUGUGAGUGUGAAAGGGUUGAAGGGUUAGUGUUACAGGGUUUAUCUGGCAGGUUGAUGGUGACAGGAGUGGCGAGUGUGAUAGAGUGAGGGUGAGUAAUUUUGACAAGGUUAGCAGUGGUGAUUGUGACACGCUUGGGAGGUGAGUUACAGUGGCAGAGUGAGUAUAGGGGUAGCAAUGUAGGAGGAGGUGUGUGUGAAGUAUCCGCAUGUGGUAAGGCUGUGUUAAACACAGUCCCCCCACACUGUAAUGCCUUUUUAUAUAAAAUUUGUCUCCUUCCUGCUUGCCUCCAGGGCAGAUUGGGUGGGGAGGAGGGAGAGCAAUAAUACAUUCCCUAGUGGUCAAGUGAGCUCCCGGUGCAACCACAGGUCUUCUGGUCCAGUGCUCUGUGAGGAGGUCAAAUUGCAGCAUGCUCACUGAAUCCCUCACAGAGUGCUAGAAUUGGGAAGAACCACAUACCACCCUGGAGUAAUUUUAAAGGACCAUGAUCUUUUGAAUUUACCCCCGACUCAAGGAGGUCCAAUCAGCUGUUUGUGCCCAGGCUCUAGGCAGCCUCCUAAGGGGUAAUCUGGCUCUGGAGGCGUGCCCAAUAAUGCUACCUGACCAAGUUUAUAGUUAGCUUAUAAAUGUUUAUUACAUACUGUUCAAUGAUUUUCAACCUUUAUUUUGGUAUGUAUCAUUUAAAAAAAAUUAUGUUUCUGCUUGUUUUUUAAAACAAUUAAUUGUCAAGUGAUGCAUGUCCUUUUAAGGAUCAUAAUACCAUGGGAGUUUUAGCACUCUGUUAAGUGUACUUGACUCAACUAGUGGGCCUGGGUCAUUCUAAAAGUGUUAUGUUUCUGUUACCCUCUAGAACUGGAUUCUGGAGACAACUUUGCUCUAGAACCUCUGUGAUUCUUUCCAACUCAAUUCUGUCUGUCUGUCUGUGUAAAAUGUGAAGAAUACUACCUAAGCUUUAGCACUACUAUAUAUAUAUUAUCUGUCUCAUGCUUGUGAUAUUUCAUGUUUUCUAUCCCUUUCCUGUGCUCUCUCUUAUGUAAAUGUAUACAGUAUUACAAAGCACUAGAAACUAAUUAUUAUUUCAUUUUAUAUACUUUUUGUAGGGUCACAGACGAAUCUGAGAGAGUCUGGAGACCUGAGGUCACAGGGUAAGGACUUUAUGAUGUACAGUAAUACCUUUUAUUUUAACAAAUACAAUGGGCCCUUUAACUGAGCAAAGGUUUCAAAAAUAGAAAGUACAGGUCUGUAUUAAAAUUAAUGGGUGUGUUUCUUUUAUAAGCAUCUGUGCUUCUUACUUAAGUUCAUCACUUAUUUAUUUAUGUAUUUUACAUUAUGAGCAAAUUAAAGAAUAAUUCAAAAGGAACCAGAUUAAUAUCUUUAACUUGAAAUAGGCAGGUAGAUAUUCAGGCGAUGAGGACACUCUGGGGUGGGGGAAUGAAGAGGGACAGGAUUGAGAUUAGAUGAGUUGGUCUGAGAAGGGCUCCUGAGUAGGCUAAUGAAUUUGCAGUGCGAUGGGGUCAAGCUAAUGAAUAUUUCUUUGGAGUUUGAGAAUAGUAUUGAGGGAAGUGGUGGGAUGUUAGGUGGGAUAUUUUCUAGUAAUGGGGUACUGCAAUGACAAAUUAUCCAAAGCACAAAAUAAUACAUUAAGGAGGGUGAAAAGUAAGGGGUUUGAAGAUGAGGAUGGGUGGAGACAAAGUGGGAGACAAAGGAGGCUUCAGGUAGUAGAGCGAUUUUUAUACAGAAGCUUAAAGUUUAAAGGAAUUUGAAUCAAGAUUGUUGAUAGACUGAAUGCCAGUGAAUUUUUUGCAGUAAGAAGGAGAUGAGCUGAUGUCUGAGGCAUGUUGUGUUUGAUAUGGGCAGCAGUGGUGUUUUGAAGUGGGAUAGUGGUAUUUUAUAUAUGUCAUUAACUGUCAUAUUCCCACUAUUUCUUCCCACUACUGUCACCUCUCUUUAAGGGGUAUUCAGUAAACUCCAUAUUGUAGAAGACUGAAUUCCAAAUGGCAAAAUUAAAAGUACCAAACUUUACCUUAAUGAAGUGUUUUGGUGUAUAGAUCAUGUCCAUGCAGUCUUACUGCUCAAUUCUCUGCCAUUUAAGAGUUUAAAAGCUUUGAUUAUUUACCCCUAUCCACACCUCCCCUGCUGGUGACUUAUAUAGUCUAACUACACACUUCCUGUAAAAAGAGAUCUAAUUUUUGUUAAAGCGGCACUGUCAUGCUGAAUCCUGUUUUUUUUUUUUUUAACCCCCUCCGGCCUCCACUACAUCUAACUAACACCCUAGUCACCCCCAAAUGCCCCUAAGCCCCCCACAUUACCUAUUUUUUAUUCCUUAUUUUCUGCCCCGAUCCACGUCAUCAGCCCACACUAGAUAGACUGUGAGAUUCCCGCACAUGCCCAGUGAAACACCUGGAGAUGCGAACGGGAAUUUCAUCUAUUCAUUCAUUCAUCAGACAGACGAAUGAAUGAAUAGAAAGAUCAGCCGAACAAACAAACACUGUGUAUCAGUGUAUCUGUGUAUCAGUGUUCAUUUGUUCGUGCAGUUUAUUACAAGGAGGGAGCUACCGGCAUGCAGCUCCCUCCUUGUAUUAUGUAAAGAUAGAAGCGGCAGGGAGCAGUGCUCCCCACCACUUCAUAAGCCCCCCAGGCAAUCCCUCACUCUAUGGGGGUCAAUAUGACCCCCAUAAUAGCACAAGGGAGAUUAAAAUCUCCCCAAUGCCCCUACUCGCUGUACCGCGAGUAGGGGCAUGUCCACUAAACAGUGAGCAGCCUGUGGCUGCUCACUGUAAAAACAAAAAACAAAAAAAAAACUAUUGCCCCCCACCCCUAAACGACUGGUGGGGGUCCUAAAGUAAAAUAGGGGGAGAGACCUAAUGUCCCCGGCCCCCACCCCUGCGAGGCGGGUGGGGGCCAUAAUAAUAAUGAGGGGGGGGGAUCUACUGCCCCCCCGUUCCCCACCCCUGGGCGGCGGGUGGGGGCCAUAGUGAUAAUGAGGGGGGACCUACUGCCCCCCCCGGCCCCCACCCCUGGGCGGCGGGUGGGGGCCAUAAAGAUAAUGGGGGGCCUACUGUCCUCCCCCCCACCGAUGGGUGUGGGUGGGGGCCUUCCUAAAUGACUAGGGAUCCCCAAGCCCCUAGUCACCCACCCUCCCACCCAAAUAAAAAGUCUGUACCUACCCCCCUCACCCUAAAAAAUAGUGAGGGGGGAAUAAAAUAACUAACCUGUAAAAUAAAAUUAAACUUACCAUUCAACGUCUUCUUUUUUCUCAAAUCUUCAUUUUUCAGCUCCAAAAAAGGGCAAAUAAAAAAACCAUCAUAACCGUCGAAUUUAAAAUAAAAUAAAAAUCCCGUGGGGGCUAGAGGGGGGUGGACAGUAGGUCCCCCCCCCUCAUUAUCUUUAUGGCCCCCACCCGCCGCCCAGGGGUGGGGGCCGGGGGGGUGGCAGUAGGUCCCCCCCAUUAUCAUUAUGACCCCCACCCACCGUGCAGGGGUGGGGGGGGGAAUUAGGUCUACCCCCUUAUUUUACUUUAGGGCCCCCACCCGUCGUGGGGGCCAAUAGUUUUUUUUUGUUUGUUUGUUUUUUACAGUGAGCAGCUACAGGCUGCUCACUGUUUACCAGACAUGCCCCUACUCGCGGUAUAGUGAGUAGGGGCAUAUUAUUUACUAAUACUAAGUAAUUUUUACUUAGUAUUAGUAAAGUUGGCUGAAAGACCAAUUUAGGAUUCAGCAUUUUAGUAGAUAGCUCCCUGAUACCGUGGGAAUUAGGGAGUUAUCUACUAAGCGGCUGCAAGGUGCAGCCACAGCACGAAUAGGAUCGGAGUUUCGUUCAUUUGACUGUAUGAGACCAUCUGAUUGAAAUAGCAGAGUUUUACUUGGCUAUCAGAUCGACAGCCACCGUAGGCAUUCACACCCUCCAAUGUAAACAUUGCCGUUCCUGCAGAAUAGCAAUGUUUUACAUUGUAGGGUUUAAACGACAGGAACAUGGCACACAGACCACUUAAUUGAGAUCAAUUAAUUUAAUGUUCAAUUAAACGUGCAGGAGAUAAAAACAUCUUAGACAAACACUUUAGUGCCAGGAAUACAAACAUGUAUUCUUGACACUAUUGUGCUGGUGUGACUUUUUAGGUGACUGGUCGUGCUGAAAAGGUGAUUUUACUCUCCUUUAAUCCCACGCAGUGCCUGUCUUGCAGUGGUUGGUCCUGCCUCCAUGAUUGAGAUCAUCAGUCUUGAUGAUCUCAGCCAAUCCAAAACUUCCAAUAGAAAAGCAUUGGGAAGCUAUUGCGCAUGCACGGCAAAUUGCUGCGCCAAUCAGCAUUUCCUCAUUGCCUCCAUGAAGGGUGUGGAGACGCUGAACACCAGUGCUGUACACUGUGCAGCACUGAGAUAGGAAUCGCCUCUAGUGGCCGUCUGAGUAACUGAAACUAGAGGUGUUACCAGACACUCAACACAAAGCGUUUACAUCGAAAAGCCUGCAGGUACAGGAUAUAGACAUCAGUACCAUCACAUUAAGUUGUAGCUGUUAUGGUGACUAGUGUCCUGUUAAGUAAACACAUUGUGUUGUAAGACCCAAUUGAAAAAUAUUUUUUAUUUAUUUAUUUUAAUGUUAGCUUCGUGAGCCAGGGGAGGUGUGGCUAUUGCUGCAUGAACAAAAUUUAUUUUACUCCUAAGUGGCAGAUAAUUGAGCAAUGACGGGCAUGAUACAUACAACACUGCUUCAUUGAGCUAAAGUUAAUUCGUGCUUCGAGCAUUCCCUUAACAAAGCAGUUUUAUUCUAUAGAUUUUAGUAGUCUCACAAUUGUGCGAAAGUCGGGCAUGAUCUGUAUACCAAAAUUACUUCCGAGCCUCAAGUUGUUUUGGUGCCUAGCGUAUCCCUUAAAGUCAAAUAUAGCUGAUUUGGAUAAAUUCACCUAUUUUAGCUGUAGCUAAAUUGCUAGUUUUUGUUGUGUAGGGAAUAAACCACUUUUGAUUCGUUAAUCCAAUUUUCACCUCUAUUUCUUUCUUCAUCUACAGUAGCUAUAUACCUUGGUAUAAAGCGUCGGCCCACACCGGCCUGCUCAGACCUCCCGGGGAUGUGAGGAAGUCCACCCGGCGCCCUCCCUUGAAUUCGCCAGCCCCUUCCACCGCUCCCAACGAACCUUCCCCACCGGGCAGACCACGCCCCUUACCAGGCAAGCUCCGCCCGCUUAUCACCGUUGGGACACUGGGACUUUAAGAAGGGGAAGUGAAAUGCUCUAUGGAAAUCCAUUGGAAUACAGUAGCUGUUAAGAGCUGGGACACAACUCUUUGGGUAUUCAUGCCCACCCUGCCAUUGGGAUGCUGUGCCUUUAAGAUGGACACACCCCCUUUUCUGGAUUGCCUCACCUGCAACACAUUGUUGGAGGUCCUCUUGCGUUAAGGGGAUGGACAAGGCUGCUUUAUCCCAGAAGACAUGCCCUUUUUGGAUGUGCCAUGCCCACUUAUGUACUUUAAAAGGGCUAUGACUUUAAGAGGAUGAGCUGUAACAUCACAGGGGAAGGGGCCUUGGUUAAUGGAAACUCCCAUGCACUUCUGGUCCUGCCCACUACACCAAGAUGUGUCUAAUGUGGGAGGGAACAUGCUGGAUCAGUGUUAUAUAAUUAGCAACAUGCUCCUCCCUUUCCACAGUUCAAAACAUUCUCUCUUAAAUACCCACUCAUAUUAACCCCUACAUUACCAAAUACUCUUAAUGAGACCCAUUCCUAUACAACUACCCCAUUAACAAGCCCGUCCCUUAGUGAGUCUCGCCUUUAAAUUCCACGUAAACCCUUUCCCUAAUGUAUUUCCUGUUUUAAUGAGCCCCUUUGCAAGUUUUAGAAUCUUAACCAAUGGCCCAUUAUGAGCUGAUAAAUAAUCCGUCACAACGAGCUCCCCUGUUAAGAAUACCUUUCCCUACAGCAAUAUUCUCUACAAUGAAGCUUAUUAGUCUGUAAAAGAUACAAAUAAACAAAACUAGGUCAGAGCCAUUUUAGAACCAUAUAUAAUCAUUAUCAGUGUCUCUAACUAUGCUUUCAUUGGUGAGAAUUUUAAAUUUAUUGUUACCAGUUAAAUUGUCAUCUGAAAUAGCAUUUAACCUGAAGUUUUAGAUUCAGAAGAAGAAAAACAAAAGUAUGAUUUUAAGUCUGUUCUGCCUUCUUUAUCAUAGCCCGGUUUGUAUCCACAUUUGAAUGAUUUUUCUUGUAGUAAUUAACGUUCAUAUUGAGCUGCAGGGUUAGGGGUUUAGACAACAAAUUUAAAACUAAAACCUAUUGUAGGAAUCAGUAUGCAGAAGCUUGCUGAGCAUCAUGGGAAACACUCUCCUAAACAUUUGUAGGUGCAAGGAAGAUAGUGACACAUUCUCUUGUAUGACUAAUCCCCUUCAUUCUGCAGUACUUUAAAUCAAUACUAAUUUCUUUUUGUGAAUACAGUGAUAUACGAAGAAUUGCCACCUUGGUCUCGCUUUCCCAGACAGAGAAUUAAUGUCUGAAAUGUUCACAUCACUCAACGUUAGAUUAAGCCGCCCUUCAUUAAAAUUUAUAUGGCACUAACAUAUUUACAAUAGGUAAACAAGACAAACCUUUAAUUCUAACAUUUGACAAAUGUUAAAAAGUAGAUGAGGAAGGCCCUCACCAAAAAGAAUUUUUAAAGACACUGUCUAGACAACAUAUUAGCGAACGGUAGCCCUCUGGCUAGUAAGUGACUAACUCGGGGGUCUGGGACUUGGAAUCCUGCAAAUUACAGUUCCCACUGUCCCAGCUCUAAUGCAUGUAAUAUUCUUGGGUGCACGUGUCCCCCUUCCAUUGCCCGUCUCCCCUAACAGACACUCCCUUAACCUCCCCAUUCCCUUUAAUAAAUUAAUGGAGAUUUUAACGCUCAGUGCCCCUACCCAUGCACUGCCCACUUUCACCCACUGGUUGCUGGUCAUAUGGGCAGGGUCUGUAUAUAUGUGCGGGUCACGCAAAAUAUAAAUUUCAAAGAUUGUGGGGUGGGGGGGGGGAGGCGGGGAGUUGUCACAUGAUACAUACUGAACAUUUCAUCCUGUGCUAAUCUCUGCUCAGUACACAUAACCACACAGUAUUGUCCACUGAUAUCUGCUAGCAUUGACUAAUCACUUCUCCAAACUGUAUUUAAAACUGAGACUAAUCCCUUCGCUGUGCUUCUCUCACUACUGCUGUACAUUGAGGCUACAGUUCACAAACCAUCCUGUUUUAAGAACACACAUUCAUGGAUUCUAAUUCUGACAUAACCACCGCUUUAACAAAAAAAAACUAACAAAAAACAAACCUCUAGUCACUACUUUGUACAUACAUCGCAUUUCUAGGUACUCCUUGCUAUAAACACAUAUUGUAUCCUAUUCUGCACACUACAUACCCUGCAAUGAGCAAGGCAAACUCAGCCUCACUCUCCCUGCAGACUGAGCAUCCUGUAUACGCCUUAACCCAACAUACACUAAUAACUUCAGUCCAUUUAGAUACAUUUGCUUGUACAUUCUGCACCCUAUACCAAUGCCUGCAUGGCGUCCUGUAGUAAUUGUAUCUACACUAAUUGUGUCCGUGUUAUACAUAGAUCUGCAACAGCUAUCCAAACUAAGAAAUACAUUCUGUGAAAUACACGCCUGUCUACAAUACAGCAUCCAUGUUUAAUCCCUGCUCAACACACACCACAUCAAUUACUGCUCUUCACAGAUUCCCCCCGCCUACCCCCAGCACAUAUUUGAAAAUAUCACCAACGUGCAUACGCUGCACGUUGCAAUAAGCAGUACACAAAAACUUACACAGAGUAUCAAGCAAUAACUGCUGAGUACACACUUUCUAUACAAAGCUCUGCUCUGUGCACAAUACCACAUUAUGCACUCACUGGACACAACUCCCAUAUACUCAGCAGGGAUAUGAGGGUUAUAUUUAAAUAAAACCACAACUCCCAUGAUGCACAACCAGGCAGCUCGGCUGAUCAUCCUACAAGUUUAAGGUCACAACUGGAGUACCAGAUGUUGCCCAUCUCUGAUACCAAAUACUGACACCUAUGGUCAGCCAUUACAUAGCAUCCUAUACGAAUUAUAUCCCAUUCCCUGUACAUACCUAUUAGGAAUACAGCCGAACUCGCUCUCUCAAUCCCUUUCUAGUCCCAUCACUGCUCCUACCCCAGGCACACAUGCAAGUAGUGGAACGCCCUCCCCUACAAUGUACCCCAAAUCUAUUUAUUAAACUCUCCGAUCUUAAACCUGUAAACAAUGUGUUUGUUUGUUUUGUUCAGUGUGGAGAGGUUUGUUUAGAUGAAAGGAGCAGGUUUAAUGUGGGCCAGUCGCCUGGAAAUAAAAGCUAAAUCUGAAGCAUUAUUGCAUGAAGUGUGUGUGGG